CGUGACGCGGGAAUUUGAGCACGCUUGUCCACCGGGAAAGCUUUCGUGAAUUAAAAAAAAACAAGAAACAUGAAGAUUUACUUUUGUGGAAGUAUCCGUGGCGGGAGAGACGACGUGCGACUUUACCAGAAAGUGGUGCAAAAACUUCAAAAAUUCGGAACCGUCCUGGCCGAACACGUCAGCAGCGACACACUCACGGACAAAGGAGAGGGGUCGUCAGGAGACCGAGUCAUUCAUGACCGUGACUUAGACUGGCUGAGACAAGCUGACGCGGUCGUUGCCGAGGUGACGCAGCCGUCACUGGGCGUGGGCUACGAGCUAGGCCACGCCUUCGUGCUGAGGAAGAGGAUCCUGUGUCUCUUCAGACCUUCAUCAGGACGCACGUUGUCGGCCAUGAUCCGAGGGGCGGCCGAUGGCGAGCUGAUGGUGGUGAGAGACUACAGCGAGGAGCACCUGGACCAGGUUCUGGACCAGUUCUUCAAAACAAAGCCAGACGAACCUCUCUGAAUUGUACUUCUUGCUUAAGUCUUUUAUUUUGAAGGUCAACUCUAAUGUAAGAGGACCUGUGACUUCCUGGCCACGUUCACAAUAAAUGCACUUGAUUCAA